AUGACUACUGGCACUCUCGCCGAAGCCCCUGCUGGCUCCAACAACGGCGUCCACGCCGGCGAGGGCUCCAAGUCGUACAAGGCCUUCCUCAAUGAGGCCUUGGCGGCGGCGGAGAAGCGUGACCCGGGGCAGCCUGAGUUCAUGCAGGCCGUCCACGAGGUCAUCCCGCGCCUGCUUGAGCCCGAGCGCGCAAUCAUCUUCCGCGUGCCCUGGACCGAUGACGCCGGCAGGGAGCGCGUCAACAGGGGGUUCAGGGUCCAAUUCUCCUCGGCCCUCGGCCCCUUCAAGGGCGGGCUGCGCUUCCACCCCUCGGUCAACCUGUCGGUCAUCAAAUUCCUCGGGUUCGAGCAGAUUUUCAAGAACGCCCUCACCACCCUGCCCAUGGGCGGCGGCAAGGGCGGCUCCGACUUUGACCCCCGCGGCAAGAGUGACGCCGAGGUCAUGCGAUUCUGCCAGUCCUUCAUGACCGAGCUGCACAGGCACAUUGGCCCCCAGACCGACGUUCCCGCCGGCGACAUCGGCGUCGGUGGCCGCGAGAUCGGCUUCCUGUUUGGCCAGUGGAAGCGCCUGUCCAACGAGUUUGCCGGCGUGCUCACCGGCAAGGCGCCCGCGUGGGGCGGCUCCCUGAUGCGCCCUGAGGCCACGGGCUACGGCGCGGUGUACUUUGGGGGCCACAUCCUCAAGGCCAACGGCGACGGGUACGAGGGCAAGCGCGUCCUGGUGUCGGGCGCCGGCAACGUGGCCACCUACGCCGCCCUCAAGGUGAUCGAGCUGGGCGGCGUCGUGCUGACCCUCUCCGACUCCACCGGCACUGUCGUGGAGGAGGGCGGCUUCACCAAGGAGCAGGUGGAGCAGGUGAUGGACCUCAAGACCCGCGUCCGCACCACCCUGGCCGACUACAAGUCACCCUCGGGCGUGUACCAUAAGGGAGUGGCCGUGUGGGCCCUUGACAUCCCUGCAGACAUCGCCAUGCCCUGCGCCACACAGAACGAGAUCGACGGCGCCAGCGCCGCCGCCCUGGCCAAGGCCGGCGUCAAGCUGGUGCUCGAGGGCGCCAACAUGCCCACCACCGCGGAGGGCGUCGCCGCCUACGAGGCCGCGGGCGUGCAGCUCGCGCCCGCCAAGGCGUGCAACGCCGGCGGUGUGGCCGUGUCUGGCCUGGAGAUGGCCCAGAACGCGGGCAUCACCCGCUGGAGCGCCGAGGAGGUCGACGCCAGGCUGCAGGGCAUCAUGGAGAGCAUCUACAACGCAUCCGCGGCCGCGGCCAAGAAGUAUGGCACCAGCUUCGUCAACGGCGCAAACAUCGCCGGCUUUGUGCAGGUCGCCGACGCGAUGCUUGCCCAGGGCUGCGUGUAA